UGUCUCUGUACCGGCGUGACCUGUACUGGCCCUGGGAACGGUGGGGAAAAUGCUAGGGGACCGGAGAAGCCCAGAAAGGGACUUGGUGGCCUUUGAGGAUGUGGCUGUAAACUUCAGCCUGGAAGAGUGGGCCUUACUGAAUCCUGCACAGAAGCAGCUCUACAGAGAUGUGAUGUGGGACACUUUCAGGAACCUGGCCUCCAUAGGAAAGAAAUGGAAAGAUCAUGACAUUGAAGAUCAGUACAGACACCAGGGGAGAAAACUCAGGAGUCAUGUGGUAGAGAGAAUCUGUGAUGGGAAAAAGGGUAGUCAGUGUGAAGACAACUUCAGCCUUAUUCCAAAUCUCAAUAUGAACAAGAAAGCUCUUGGAAGAAAACCACGUGAAUACAGCGUGUAUGGGAAAGUCUUCACACAGCAGUCGUCUCAUCAUGGGAACAUCAGAUGUCACACUGGACACAAGCCAUAUGGAGGGAAGCCAUUCAACUGUUGUCUGCAGUGUACUGAAAAACAUGAAGAAAAUCACAAUGGAGAGAAACCUUAUGAACAUAACAUAUGUGAUGAAGCCUUCAGUUCCAGUUAUGUUCAAGUGGAUGAAACCAGAGAAAAAUUUUUUAAGUAUAAGACACGUGGGAUAGCAUUUAGUGAUCUCUCAAUCCUUCCAGCACAUGUGAUCACUCACCCUGGAGAUGGACCUCAUAAAUGCAAGGAAAAUGAGAAAGCAUCCAUUUCUCCCAGUUCAUUUAAAAUAUGUGAAAGGAGUCACACUGAAAAGAAACUCUAUGAAUGUAAACAAUGCGGCAAAGCCUACAGACAUCGCAGUUCUUUACAAACACAUGAAAGAAGUCAUUCUGGAGAGAAACCCUAUAAAUGUAAAGCAUGUGGAAAAGCAUUCACUUGUCUCAAAUAUCUUCAAAAACAUGAAAGGAUGCAUACGGGAAGGAAACCCUAUGAAUGUAAGCAAUGUGGCAAAGCCUUCAAAUACUACGACUCCUUAAAAGCACACAAAGUGAGUCACACAGGAGAGAAACUCUAUGAAUGUGAAGGAUGUGGUAAAGCUUACAGUGGCCCUACUGCCUUGAAAACACACAAAAGAACUCACACAGGAGAGAAACCCUAUGAAUGUAAGAAAUGUGGAACAGCCUUUAGGUAUUACAAUUCUUUACAAACACACGAAAGAAGUCACACUGGAGAGAAACCCUAUAAAUGUAAAACAUGUGGAAAAGAAUUCAGUUGUCUUAGUUAUCUUCGAAGACAUACAAGGACUCACACAGGAGAGAAGCCCUAUGAAUGUAAGGAAUGUGGGAAAGGUUACAGCGAUUACACUUCUUUAAAAGCACAUGAGAGGAGUCACACCGGAGAAAGACCCUAUGAAUGUAAAACAUGUAGUAAAGCAUUCAGUAGUCCCAGUUACCUUCGGAAACAUGAAAGAAGUCACACAGGAGAGAAACCCUAUGAAUGUAAGGAAUGUGGAAAAAGAUACAAAAAUCACAUUUCCUUAAAAACACAUGAAAGAACUCACACUGGAGAGAAACCCUACAAAUGUAAAACAUGUGGAAAAGAGUUUAGUUGUCCCGAUUAUCUUCGAAAACACAAAAGGACUCACACAGGAGAGAAACCCUAUGAAUGUAAGCAAUGUGAUAAAAGUUAUACUGAUCAUACUUCCUUAAAAACGCAUGAAAGAACUCACACUGGAGAGAAACCCUAUGAAUGUAAAACAUGUGGAAAAGGGUUUAGUUGUCUUAAUUAUCUUCGAAAACAUGAAAGGACUCACACGUGAAGGAAACCCCAUGAAUGUUAGCAAUGAGGUAAAGCUUUCCUUUCUUUACAAGUUUUCCAAAGACACAAAAGAAAUCACAGUGGAGAUAAACUCUAUAAAUGUAAGAAAUGUGGGAAAACCUUCAUUUUACACACAAGUUACUGA